AUGUUGAAGGAUGGGACAUUACCCGCUCAUAUCCACGUCGGGGGUACCGACUGUAUUAUCAGCAAAGGUCGAGAGCCAAACCAUAACUUAGCGACAAAGACAUCGGUCAAGCAGAGGACCGAACUUCAGGAAGGCAAAUCAAAGAAGGAAGUGCCAGUCGAAACCUUCAAGCUCAUGAUCCACUACGCUUUUCAAACAGUCGGCCUCGACUCUGCUAAAUACCCUGUUGUCUUUAACAUGGCUGUUAAGUACAUCAGUAGCACGAACUUCUUUCAGGCCAAUAUAUUUUCUAGCUGGGGAGCCCAGAAGCGUAUUACCACAGAGGCAGACCUCCUUCGCGCUACAAGUUUCCGGUACCCUCACUAUGUCCUGACGAUGGCGCCUGACUUGAUCCUCUGCCUUAUUGCGGCGAUUCACUUGAGAGCUGAGGUCUACGGGGAGCCGACUGGUCGGGCGAUCACGAUCAUCGGCGAGUUUCAUGUUUUCAGCCACUUGCGGUCCACGAUCGAGCUGGGCGAAACCAUCUCUUGGGACAAGGGAUCGCGAGGUCAGCUCCUCAUUCUUGGUCGAAGAGGCGAAUAUGAUCCAUUGCCAGCCGAUCUGCCUGUCCUCAAGUCUAGCAAGGGACAGACCAAAAAGCGCAAGAAGAUCCCUCAGGUCGUUCCCGAGCCGCACCCAGCAAACGUCAUUAACAUCGAACAAGCAUCAAUCGAUUUCAUGCAGCCAUAUCCUUUCCGACCGACUCUCCAAUCUACGCCAAUCACAAAGGUAAUUACAGCAGAAGAAUGGGAUGGACGAAAUGCCCAUUGGCUGGAUAAACUGAUGGACCCCGAGAGCACAAAAGAUAAUCUUGGGCCGACCAUCGAGGAGGAGGUCACGGAAGAGAUUUUCCCGCUUAUUUCCAAGGCUCGCCGCAAUAUUCUUUACCGAUGGGCAAAGUCAGAAGACUUUAGCCUCGACUUGAGAUUACUCAAGGCCCCUGUCCUCUCACAGGUAGAGGUGCGCGAUAACACAAACCGAGGGAUCCUCGAUAUAGAGACCGAUUCAACCCGUCGAUCAAUCCGGGCCAUCGAGACCGCGGCUUUAAGCCUGCCAAAGGCUUGCCAGAAAACAGCUACUCUAAUUAAGCAACAUACAGACCGACUGUUUGCUUGCCGAGACCAAGAGAUAGACAACCAGACUCUCAUGGCACAGAGCGUAGCCAAGGGGCGAGAGUCUUUGUCUGUCACUACGGCAGAGAUCGCAGACUGA